CUCAGAGCUCCAAGCACUGAGGAGGUGGCUACAUUGUGUCUAUUGUAUCCCUUGGCUCGUGUAUUUGUACAUUUCUCGGGACGUGAAAUUGACAGUGAAAAGCAUGGCAGAUGAGCAAGAAAUCAUGUGCAAACUGGAAAGCAUUAAAGAAAUCAGGAACAAGACCCUGCAGAUGGAGAAGAUCAAGGCCCGUUUGAAGGCUGAGUUUGAGGCACUUGAGUCAGAGGAGAGGCACCUGAAGGAAUACAAACAGGAGAUGGACCUCCUGCUACAGGAAAAGAUGGCCCAUGUGGAGGAACUCCGACUUAUUCAUGCUGACAUCAAUGUGAUGGAAAACACCAUCAAACAGUCUGAGAAUGACUUAAAUAAGCUGCUAGAGUCUACCCGGCGGCUGCAUGAUGAGUAUAAGCCACUGAAGGAACAUGUGGAUGCCUUGCGCAUGACUCUGGGCCUGCAGAGGCUUCCUGACUUGUGUGAAGAGGAGGAGAAACUCUCCUUAGAUUACUUUGAGAAGCAAAAAGCAGAGUGGCAGACGGAGCCUCAGGAGCCCCCCAUCCCUGAGUCCCUGGCCGCUGCAGCCGCUGCCGCCCAACAACUCCAAGUGGCUAGGAAGCAGGACACUAGGCAGACGGCCACCUUCAGGCAGCAGCCCCCACCAAUGAAGGCCUGCUUGUCAUGUCACCAGCAAAUUCAUCGGAACGCACCUAUAUGCCCUCUGUGUAAAGCCAAGAGUCGGUCCCGGAACCCCAAAAAGCCGAAACGGAAGCAGGAUGAAUGAAGAGAGGGAGAGCACAUGGAGCUCUGCUGAUCUUAACCCCUCCCCUUGGCCAGAGUGAUUGAUGUCCUGAUGUGAAACAAUCCUUCCCUACCCGUACCAAGUCUCCUAUUUAAUGUGAUGGAAGCACAACUCCUGUCUUUGCUCUUAUUUCUUUCUGCUCUUCAGAUUUCAGGUGCUAAUGAAACUGUGUCUGAUGAUCCCUUCUCUCCCACCCACAUUUCAACCCCUGCCCUUGUUUAGAGGUGAAGGAAGGCAAAAGGCCCAGAUGUGAUUCUCUGUCUCUUGUGCCUGAGGCCUGGAUCCUAAGGAUCUGUAGGGUCUGAGGGCUGGGGGAGGCCUAUACUGUUUCAGGUAAAGGCUCCAGUGUUUCCCCUCCCUCUACUUUUGCCUUAGGCUCUGAAGGGAUAACAGUCUUUUUGCUGAUUUUCCCGACAAGCUGGGUGCGUACAUCUCCCCCGCUCCCAUCCUCAUCUCAUCUUUAAGGUCCAGAAGUAGCUUGGACAAGCCCUCCUUUUCAUAUCCAUUUGGAAAGCCUGGAUGUUAUUCUAUAGCUUCCUCCCACCUCCCACCUAAUUCUCCCUGAUAUACUAAAGUUCUUAGGUACCAGGCUGUGUGUAUGGGGAUCCUGAGAUCUGUGGAUCUUCCCCCCAUACCUCUAGUCUUUGCAUAGAAGUAGUAGAAGUUCCACACAGUGAAAACAGGGAGCCAGACCCACUCUAUAAGUUCUGCCCACUCACUGCCUAAGUAAAUGGGGCUUUGGGCUCUGCUAUAGGGGCUGCUUCAGGCUGAGAGGAGCCCCAGACUGACACCUGUAUUGGCUUUUAUUUAAAACUCUGGCACCUACUCCACAGUAUAUAACAGUGGGGAGAGGAGUGGAUUUAGAUUCAAGUACAUGCCAAUCACUUUACACAUGCAGGUGGUGGGAAUUUCGUUCCUUUCAUCUCUUCCUCUCUUGGCUCUUGGGUCUGCCCUCUCCUGUAAGGCAGCCUCAGCUCAGGACAGUUCCUGUACACCUCUUUUCCUGUGUAAUGUGUGGGUGGUCUUCCUUCCUGAAAGAAAAUGCCCCAGGCUCCCAGAGCCCCACAGCUCUCCUCUCCACCAAAGCCAGGUCUCCUAGUCAGGUCACUCCUGGACUUAAGGGAUGGGGAUGGGGGCUGGCUGACUGAAAAAGUUUUAGCCCCAGAUCUUAGUCCCUGGCUGUGCAAGGGGAAUACUUUUCCCUCCUCUGUUAACUGUAGUUUUUCAUUGCCAUAAAAGGUUCCUCUGCUCUUUGAAAGUAGGAGUGUUAUGUCCAUUCAAAUCCUCUCAAAUAAACAUCCAUUCAUUGGAGUAAA